GUACGAGCUUGGACGCCAGCCAGCUAAUACCAAGAUUUCAAGUAACAAGACAGUCAGGCGAAUUCGUGUGCGUGGUGGCAAUGUGAAGUGGAGGGCACUGAGAUUGGAUACAGGAAACUAUUCAUGGGGUAGUGAAGCAGUCACCCGCAAAACUCGUAUCCUUGAUGUGGUCUACAAUGCCUCGAACAAUGAGCUUGUCCGCACACAAACUCUUGUCAAGAGUGCAAUCGUCCAAGUUGAUGCAGCACCAUUUAAACAGUGGUACUUACAGCACUACGGUGUCGACAUUGGUAGGAAAAAGAAGGGGACUGCUAAGAAGGAAACUACUGAGGAUGGAGAAGCUGCUGCUCCAGCUGAGGAAGCUAAGAAGAGCAACCAUGUAGUCCGGAAACUUGAGAAACGCCAGAAGGAUCGUAAACUUGAUAUUCAUCUCGAAGAACAGUUUGGCUCUGGUAGGCUAUAUGCCUGCAUCUCAUCCCGCCCUGGUCAAUGUGGCCGAGCUGACGGGUACAUUUUGGAAGGGAAAGAGUUGGAAUUCUAUAUGAAGAAACUUCAAAAGAAGAAAGGCAAGGCAUCUGGUGCUGCUGCUUAAGUGGUGCUUUCGGAAUGCCCUGACUAGUCUUCUCCCUGUCUUUUUCGGCUUUGUUCUAUUAAGUUUCAUUGGAGAGAGUGUUUUUGUACGCCGCUUUUAUAUCUUAUGCACCACCACAAAUUCAAAAUGAUGCCUGGAUUUAAUUGUUAUUAGCAAUUCUUAGUUUACAAUUUUACUGCCA